AUGUACAACACCAUUCACAUCGAUGAGAAGUGGUUUUACCGUACCAAAACCAAUGAUAGGUAUUACCUGCUGCCGGAUGAAGGGGAACCAUAUCGUACAUGCAAAUCAAAGAGGUACAUUGAUAAGAUUAUGUUUAUGUGUGCCGUUGCCCGACCAAUAUUUGGCCUAGAUGGCAGAUGCAUAUUUGAUGGAAAGUUUGGGAUAUUUCCUUUCACAACCAUGGAGGCAGCACAACGGAAUUCAAAAAACAGAAUGAAAGGUACCAUGGAAGUGAAGCCAAUCACAGCAGUUACUAAGGAAGUGAUGAAAUGUUGUCUUUUAAGAGAGAUGAUACCUAUCUUUAAAGCUAAGUGGCCAGUGGGAGCAAACAAGCACAUAUAUAUCCAACAAGACAAUGCAAAACCCCACAUAAAACCCAAUGAUCCAGACUUUUUAGCGGUUGCAAAUACUGAUGGUUUUAAAUUCCAACUAGUAUGCCAGCCUGCUAAUUCACCGGAUACAAAUGUCAAUGACCUAGGGUUUUUCAGAGCAAUACAGACAUUGAAGGAUCAAAAACCAGCAGGGAAUGUGGAAGAGUUACUCAAGAAUGUUAAAGAUGCAUAUGAUGAAUACCCACCAGAGAAGCUAAACCAUGUGUUCAUUACUUUGCAAAGUUGUUACCAUGAAAUCAUCAAGGCAAGGGGAGGAAAUGACUACAAAAUUCCACACAUGAACAAAGAAAGACUCUCAAGACUGGGGUUGUUACCAAAGAGCAUUCAAGUUGAAGAAACACUUGUAAGGGAAACACUACAGUUUCUGGAGUUGGAUGCAAGUGCAGAGAGAGAAAUUUACAACAUUGGAGCAGUCAUAGAAGGGCUGGAGCAGGUAGACAUCACUGAAUAG